UACGAUUACGAAUUGUUAAGGGGUUGUCCGAGGAACUUAUGAUCGCAAUCGUAAUUCGUGGCAUUAGAGACCCACAUAUCAAGGCGUGUGCCACUAAUGCGAAACUCACUAUCGACAAUAUGGUCGACUUUUUGUCGACGUUUACUAAGCCUACUUCUAAAUCUUUACCUAUGUCUUCAUUUUCUCAACAAUCUCGACACAAGUCGACUUUUAAACGUAUAUUGAAGUGUUUUAUUUGCGGCGACACUCAACACAAACAGGUUAAUUGUCCAAAGAAACCUAAACAAAAAACUAACUCUCAAAUACUCGCAUUACCUAGUUCGAGUGAUAAUAGUUCUAAGUCCAAUUUGUCGUGCGCUUAUUGCAAGAAGGGUGGGCACGAUAUUACUUCGUGUUUUGCUAAACAACGUUCGGAUGCACAACGUAAUAAAAACAAAGUUAAUUUUUGUUCUACCCCCGACUUUAGUAAAAAUAAUGACGUUAUGGUUGGUAUCAUUCAGGGGAUUCCGGUUGAUAUACUUAUUGACAGUGGUGCAUUAGAUGUGUCAUUAAUAUCCUCGGAUGUUGUAAAUCAUUUUUCGUGUUGUAAGAAACCUAUUAACAGUCAGUUAAAGGGUAUUAGUGACACAACUAUUUUUGUUGAAUUUUACGUGACACUGACAAUCGAGUUCCCGGAAAUAACUUUGGAAGUUGAUUUGCUAAUUGUGCCUAGAGAGUGUAUGAAUGCGCCUAUAAUUAUCGGUACAGAUGUACUGAAUAGAGACGGGGUCACGUACGUCCGUACACGAAGUUUGCAACGUUUGACUCGCGGGCUUUCAGUUAAUCGUGUGUGCAAUGUUCAAGCGAAUAUCGAGUGUAAUGAAAUUAAAACAACAUUAGUGGGCGAUGAUUUGAAAGUUUUAUUGUCUAUUCUUGAUAAAUUUUCUAAGUUUAUGAUUUCGGGUACCGCCAUGACUACCGUUACCACCGGUAAAAUGCAAAUUCGCUUGAAUAAUGACACUCCGAUAUACUAUCGACCUUACAAAAUGUCUUUUAACGAAAAACUAAAGGUGCGGGAUAUCAUUAAAGACCUUCUGUCCAAAAAUAUUAUUCGUGAGUCGGAGUCGCCUUAUUCUAGCCCGGUCUUGUUAGUCAAAAAGAAGGAUGGCUCAGAUAGGAUGUGCGUGGAUUUUCGUGCACUAAAUAAGAUAACCGUAAAAGAUCGAUACCCACUUCCUUUAAUAGAUGACCACCUUGACAGACUAGGGAAAGCGAAAUUGUUCACAACUUUGGAUAUGGCUACCGGCUUCCACCAAAUCAUGUUUGUUGCAACUGUAAACAACAUAACCAAACCACGCAAUUGGGCACAAAUCGCACAAUCGGGUGAUGAGGAAACGCAACAAUUGUUGCGAUCCCUAGACGAGGGACAGUUGGACGCCUCGAGAUACGUCAAAAAGGGUGAUCUUUUCUCAUAA